AUGACUAAAGAUUAUGGAAAAUUAAAGGACGUAAGUGAACAUUUCACUGAAAACAAAUUACAAGAAAUAUUGCUUGAUGUGCAUAAAGGACAGAAGGCAAAUGUUUUAAAUUGGUAUUUUAAUGAAGCAAGUGCCAAAGGUGACAAUUAUUUGUCAACUGUUAAUAAAAUUAAGAUUGUUGGCAAUGUUGAUGGUAAAGAAGUACAAGUUAGUUUGGUGGUCAAAUCUCUACCAAACAAUAUAGGUAGGAGAAACACAUACAGAAGUGUCGAAUUCUUCCGAAAUGAGAUUCUUUUUUAUACAAAAGUGGUUCCAAAAUUUCAAGAAUUUUUAGAAAGUAAAGGACAUACUGAAGUAUUAUGUAUACCACAUCACUUAGCUUCUGUUAUGGAUGGCAUAAAUGAUUAUAUAGCACUGGAAGAUGUUACUCCUUUAGGAUAUAGACCAAUAUGUAGACAGAAUUGUAUAAAUGCAAACCAAUGUGCAAUGAUUUUAAGAACUGUAGCAAGAUUUCAUGCAAUUUCUUUUGCUUACAAGGACCAGAAAACUGAAGACUUUAAAGAAAUUUCGGAAAACGUGAAUGAAACAUAUUUAAGUGAUGAUCACUGGAAUUGGUACAAAAGAUUUCAUCAAAGAGUAAUAAAUAUCGCUAAAAAUGCAUUAGCUAUGGAAUACCCUGGGAGUAAGGCAGAAAAACGAUUUAAUUCUUAUGAAUUUGGGGUUCUGUAUCAAAAAGUUUCUGAAUUUUGUAAUCGUAAAUAUCAUCCAACAUCCAUUAUAACUCAAGGUGAUUCCUGGGUUCCAAACUUUUUGACUAAAGAUACAGAUGGAACUGAAGCUUUAAUGCUUGAUUUCCAAUUAGCAAGAUGUUCCAGUCCAGUCUUAGAUAUAUCAAUGUGUAUUUAUGGUUGCACAGAAAAAAGCCUUUGGGAUGAACAUUUUGAUAAAUUGUUAAAACUUUAUUAUGAUGAACUUUCGAAAACCAUUAGUUUGCUCGGAUCGAAUCCCGAAAAUCUGUAUCCAUGGAGUACAUUUAUGAAAGAGGUAAAAGAACAGUUUAUAUUCGGUGUAGUGUUGGCACUGGAAAUGAUUCCAUUCAGUCUGUUAGACGAAUCUGAGUCAUUUGAUUUAGAUGCUAUUAUAAAAAAUGACCAGGCAGUUGAUGUUGAUGAUGUAUGGACAGUAUCAAAUAUUAAAACACAAAAUGGGAGACUUAGACUAGCCAAUGUAAUUGCUCACGCAGUUGAAAAUGGAUUUUUAUGAACCUAAAAGUUUAAGUAUUAA